GGACAAGAAGUUUUUGAGAAUAUGUCUAGUGAAAGGAGUAGCUACUGCAAAAAACUGCUGGAGAUCCCUGUUAAUGGACAGUUAUGUUGUUGAUCCGUUCACCUUUGAUCAGAUGGAAAAGAAACUGACACUGCAAAGAUUUCAGUUAGAAAAUCCAGGACUUGACUUCAGUGGAGCGACUCUGGAUGGUAAUUACCACGGAGGAGGUCCGGAGCUGCCAUCCUAAAAUCUACUGCCACAUUUGUUUAAUCAUUAUCACAUACAAAAACGUACAUUCUUGUACUUCAAACGUUGAUGCAAAUGUUCAGUGUCUUUGUGGGGAAAUAAAAACAAUUGUACUCUCAAUAUGGAUGAGGAAGAAAUCCGAAUGAAGCUGAAGUGUGGCGGGUGUAAGGACAUGGUGUUAGAGCCAUAUAUUGUCUGUGUGGAUUGUAGGCCUGCCCAGGUACAACUUUGUCUCCAGUGUUUCUCCAAAGGUGUAGAGUUUGGCUCACAUCAAAGUGAUCAUGCUUAUACAAUCCUCAGAAAUGAUUUCACAUUGUUUGAAAAUAACUGGACAGCUUCAGAGGAAACAGUAUUGUUGGAAACUUUAUCAGAUUGUGGUUAUGGGAAUUGGUCAGAUGCAGCUCAGAGACUGCGAACCAAAAACAAGGAGGAAUGUAAACGCCACUACAACACAAGUUACAUCAACGGUCCUAUACCUGACCUCCCACAGUUCCGGGACUGGAACCAACACGUUUAUCCCCAACCUCUCGUCUAUAAGUUGUGUGACGAUCCACCGCGAUUCCCCGAUACCUCCGUAGUACAACAGGAGAUGGGGGGAUAUAUGGCGGCUCGUGGAGAUUUUAACAUUGAAUAUGACAAUUUCCAGGAGUUGGAAAUCCAGUCGAUAUCAUUUGAUGAAGAGGAGGAGACCGACGAGUUGGAGGAGAGACUGAAGUUGGCCGUGAUGGAUGUGUAUCUACAUUGUUUAAAACAGAGAGGAAAGCGGAAAAUGAUUGUAAGAAAAUACGGUCUGAUUAAUCUGUCAAAAGUUCAGGCGAGCAACCGACUGUAUGUCCAUAACAUCACAGAUCUGGUAGAUAAGCUAAGAGUGUUUGUACCUCUUCAAUCACCAAUUGAAUAUGACAAGUUUAUUAAGGGUAUACAUGUAGAGAAGGAAUUACGUCUACAAAUCAGACGGUUACAAGAAUGUCGGCAAAAUGGUAUCAUCCGCAUGAGAAACACGAAUAUUUACAAGACCUUGAAGAAACGGCGCCAGGCAACAAAGGCACAAACCAAUCUGCUGAGUGAAAUUCUGGUGCACAUGAAUGAUAACAAAGCUUGUCAGACUUGGUUACAGAGACAAGUCGUGUUGAACACCAUAUCUAAAGGUGUGGCUGCCCCCCUUCCCAUGAUUCCACGGCGCUCAGCACCACCUCUCGACAUCAUUGGUCUGCCAGGGUAUGACAAACUGACGGACUCUGAGAGGGAGAUGUGUGCCGGUAUCAGACUUGUUCCCGACGCGUACCUAGAAUUCCGAGCUGUAAUGACAGCGGAGUGCGCUAAAGCUGGAAGCCUAAAACUUAGUCAGGCACGGAAUAUGAUCAAGAUUGAUGUCAACAAAACAAGGAGAAUUUACGACUUUUUGUUGUCUGAGGGUCAUAUCAACAAAGAUCCACUAUAACUCACCACAGGAAGGUUUUACGGCCACGUUAACAAAGACCCACUAUAACUCACCACAGGAAGGUUUUACGGCCACGUUAACAAAGACCCACUAUAACUCACCACAGGAAGGUUUUACGGCCACGUUAACAAUGAGCCACUAUAACUCACCACAGGAAGGUUUUACGGCCACGUUAACAAUGAUGGCCACGUUAACAAAGACCCACUAUAACUCACCACAGGAAGGUUUUACGGCCACGUUAACAAUGAGCCACUAUAACUCACCACAGGAAGGUUUUACGGCCACGUUAACAAUGAGCCACUAUAACUCACCACAGGAAGGUUUUAUGGCCACGUUAACAAAGACCCACUAUAACUCACCACAGGAAGGUUUUACGGCCACGUUAACAAUGAGCCACUUUAACUCACCACAGGAAGGUUUUACGGCCACGUUAACAAUGAUCCACUAUAACUCACCACAGGAAGGUUUUACGGCCACGUUAACAAUGAGCCACUAUAACUCACCACAGGAAGGUUUUACGGCCACGUUAACAAUGAUCCACUAUAACUCACCACAGGAAGGUUUUACGGCCACGUUAACAAAGACCCACUAUAAGUCACCACAGGAAGGUUUUACGGCCACGUUAACAAUGACCCACUAUAACUCACCACAGGAAGGUUUUACGGCCACGUUAACAAUGAGCCACUAUAACUCACCACAGGAAGGUUUUACGGCCACGUUAACAAUGAGCCACUAUAACUCACCACAGGAAGGUUUUACGGCCACGUUAACAAUGAUCCAAUUUACAGAUACAUGUAUAAGGAUUUUCAUACAGUGUAAUUUCAGAUUUUUUUUCCCUCAGAGCCGAUUUCUGUGUUGAUUUAUUAUAAUACAUGUAUUCAACUCUUAACAGUAAAACUUUUUUUUUAAAUUUUGUGUUGACUGAUGAAGGGUACAUAUAAAUAAAUAUCGACUGUUAAAUAAAAAAAGAAAUGAUCAAAACAACUUAAAGGCUUACAGUUAAUGUAUGUAUGUAUAUGGUCUAUAAUGAAGAGGUUUGAUAUACACAAUAGUGUCUAAACAGCUUAUUAAUGUACCAUAUGUUUUAUUGGGUAUAUCCCAUGCUCGGGAAUAAUCGUGUCCCCACCCCCAAUGCGCUUAUCCCAUGGUGCCUACGUAAACUUUUCCCCUUUAAAAUAUUUCUCAAUAACCAAGAGGCCCAGAAACCAGUUAUUAUUAUUGGUAUUGGGUCUUUAGCAUGCUGGGGUGAAUGGCUACCAAAUUUGUUCAAAUGAAUGACCUUGACCUACAUUAAAGAUCACAGGGAUGAAAUUUUUAAAAUCUUUAAACAAAAAUUUCUCUAUAACCAGAGACUGGGCCAGUAGUAUGCUGAAAUGAAGGACUACAAAAUUUAUUUUAAAACAAAUAAGCAAUAAGCUAGCAUCCCCUAUAGCUGCUUUUGUCCAUUUUCAGCACACUCAGUAUUUAUACCACCGCAGUAUACCAGUACAGUGAUGAUGUGUCUGUAAACUUCAGUUUGGUGUCAGAUUUAUAUGUAAUAAAUAUUGUACCAACAA